AUGGUCGUCCUGACAGACAAGCGACUCGUCAAGCAGCUUAUCGACAAAAAGUCGUCGAUCUAUAGCAGCCGACCAGCCUCAUACGUCGGGAAUGGCCUAAUCACCGGUGGCGACCAUCUGCUCGUGAUGGAUUACGGGAACACCUGGCGAGCGUUCCGGAAGGUCAUCCAUCAGCACUUCAUGGAGAGUAUGGUUGUAAAUCAUCAUACAAAGCUGGUGGAUGCUGAAGCGGUGCAAAUGCUGCGAGACUUUUUGAUUAUGCCGGGUAAGCAUAUGGACCACCCGAAGCGAUUCAGUAACUCUGUUGUUAUGAGCUUGUUGUUUGGUAUACGGACUCCAACUACAGAAACCCCACAUAUGACGAAAUUAUACGCCAUGAUGGAAAACUGGUCCAAAGUGAUGGAAACAGGGAAUACACCUCCAGUGGAUUUACUUCCAUUCCUUCAUUAUGUUCCCGAGAAACUGCUUGGAAAUUGGAAGUCCCGCGCUAAAAAUGUCAACAAGGAGAUGAACGAAUUAUACUCGCAGUAUCUUGACAUUACCAUUAAACGCCGGGAAGAAGGGAUUGACAAUGGGUCCUUCAUGGAUAAAGUUCUCGACCAGCGUGAUAAGUUGCAGUUCAAUCGACAUCAGCUGUAUUUCCUUGGUGGAGUCAUGAUGGAGGGUGGCAGUGACACUAGUUCCUCGGUCAUCAUUGCAUUUAUUCACGCCAUGACGAAAUGGCCAGAAGUGAUGAAGAAGGCACAGGCAGAAAUUGAUUCCGUAGUUGGAGAGGACCGUACUCCUGUCUGGGACGACUACGAGAAGCUGCCUUAUGUGGCCGCAACCGUAAAGGAGGCUAUGAGAUGGAGACCUGUUGUACCGUUGGCGUUCCCACACGCCGCCUCGGAAGAUGAUUGGAUUGACGGCAAGCUCAUCCCAAAAGGAACGACAGUUCUUAUUAAUGGAUGGGGCUUGCACCACGACGAAAAAUCCUUCAAGAACCCCGGGAUCUUCGACCCAGAUCACUAUAAAGGCGUCACAAAACUCGCUCCUGAGCUUGCAGCAUCUGCGGACUAUGAAGCACGGGAUCAUUAUGGCUACGGCUCAGGAAGGAGGUUAUGUCCCGGCAUCCAUCUUGCGGAGAGAAAUCUCUUCCUCGGUAUGGCGAAAUUACUUUGGGCUUUUAACUUCAAGCGUGGGAAGGGCGCAAAUGGUGAGGAGAUCGAGCCAGAUGUGGAUCCAGUGACGGCUUAUAGUGAAGGUUUUCUCGUUUGUGCUCACCCUUUUCCGUGUGAAAUCGAGAUCAGGAGCGAGAGUAGGAAGGACACUAUAUUUGACGAGUUUGCGAAGGCGGAGAAGGAAGUUUUCUGUUAUGGCACUCCUGGAGUAUCAAAAAUAAACAAAUCAUGA